AGAAUAAUCCAUAUAUAGAAGAGGUAGAAACCCUCUCAACACAAGAAGAAACUCAAAACAUGAACAUAAACGAAACUUCUUUACAAGAACAAGAAACAGAAGAAAUUAUAACAGAUCAUGAUAUGGAUGACAAAACAAAUACUGUUUGCACAGAAAUUCCUAUUGAAAAUAACCUUAACACAACACAAGAACCA